AUGGCCGUCCAGUCGAAAUUACUCCUCCCUUCUAAACUCUCGGAGCAAUCGAUCAAGCAGAUCAUUUCUCAGCUUACGAACCUCUACUUGACGCAUCGUACAAAGAUCUCGCGUACCAUAUAUGUCACAUUCGCCCUUGCCCUUCUCAAUCGCCUUCGCAAUGCCAUCUCUGAGCAGAAAGCAGCCUCAAUACGCGUUACAGAGGCACGUCUGCAGCGAGCAGGCAGUUCUACAGUAGAAGCCUCUGCGACCGCCCGAAAAAGGGUACAAUUGAACAGCGAGUUCUUCAGGAAUAUAUGGCGCCUACUUCGUAUAGUCAUACCAAGGUGGAAAAGCAAGGAGUUGCGCCUGAUCAUCAGUCACAGCUUCUUUCUGAUCAUCCGAACAUUGAUUAGUCUGUAUGUUGCUGAGCUGGAUGGGAAGAUCGUCAGCAGCCUGGUUCGGGGGAAGGGAAGGCAAUUCUUCAAGAAUAUUGCAUGGUGGAUGAUGGUAGCCGUGCCAGCCACAUUCACCAAUUCCAUGCUCUCGUACCAUCAAUGCAAACUCGCGCUCUCAUAUCGAAGCAGGUUGACCACCCAUAUACAUGAACAAUAUCUCUCGAAUAUGACCUUUUACAGUCUCUCUGCUCUGGAUGAUCGAAUCAAGAACGCUGAUCAGCAGAUUGCUGUGGACGUGGCAAAUUUCUCCAAUAGUUUGGCAGAAUUAUAUUCCAAUCUAGCGAAACCCAUGCUCGAUAUCAUUAUAUACAAUUACUCCUUGUCGAAGUCCGUCGGAGGCGAAGCUCUCUUCGCGAUGAGCUUGCUUGUACAACUCUCGGCAAAUGUCAUGCGAGCAUUGACGCCGCCUUUUGGAAAGUAUGUGGCAGAAGAAGCUCGCUUAGAAGGCGAAUUUAGAGCUCAGCAUUCGCGAUUGAUAGACUUUAGUGAGCAAAUCGCACUUUACAAUGGACAUGAAGCGGAGAAAGACAAUCUAGACAAAGGCUAUUUCACUCUUAUCAAGCACGUCAAUCGCAUACUCAGGAGACGGCUCUAUCAUGGUGUGAUGGAAGACUUUGUAAUCAAGUACCUAUGGGGAGCCUUGGGUCUCUUACUUUGCAGCGUGCCAGUCUUUCUCAAGAUCCCUGGACAAGAAUUGCGCGGGACGGGUGACCGCACAGAGAGUACGCUCCCCCUCGAUUCUUGUCACUCAGAGCUGACAUGUCCAGGCUUCGUAACAAACAGACGCAUGCUCCUCUCCUCUUCCGACGCAGUAGGACGCGUGAUGUUCUCCUACAAAGAAGUCACCGAGCUCGCCGGCUACACCUCUCGCGUUGCCGCUCUCCUGAAUGUAAUGGAAGACAUACACUUCGGCCGCUUCUCCAAAAACCUCGCCUCGUCCCCUUCUCCCACAAACACCACAUCCCAACCCCCUUCCUCCAUCCUAUCAAAUCGCGGCACCAUCAUUCCAUCUCCAAACAUUGAAUUCUCAUCCGUCCCCAUCCUCUCCCCUUCCGCAAGCAUUCUAAUUCCCUCCCUCACCUUCUACAUCACACCAGGCCAACACCUCCUCAUCGUCGGCCCAAACGGCUGCGGAAAAUCCUCUCUCUUUCGCAUCCUUGGUGGCCUCUGGCCCGUCUACGGCGGCACAGUCCAAAAACCUCCAACGAGUGAUAUAUUCUACAUCCCCCAACGUCCCUACCUUUCGCGAGGCACACUGCGGCAACAAGUCAUCUACCCCGACACCCUGGCCCAGAUGCGCGUCAAGGGAAUUACAGACUCCGAUCUCCUACAGCACCUCGACCGCGUGGAAAUAGCACAAAUCGUCGAUAGACACGGUGGCUGGGACGCAGAAGACGAAUGGCCGUCUGUCCUAUCUAUGGGCGUGCAGCAGCGGGUCGCGAUGGCAAGGCUAUUCUAUCAUAAACCUAAAUAUGCAAUUUUGGAUGAAUGUACGAGUAGUGUGACGUUGGAGGUGGAGAGGAAGAUGUAUGAGACAGCGAAGGCGACGGGGGUGACGCUGAUGACUGUCUCGCACCGGAGGAGUCUGUGGCGUUAUCAUCAGGUCAUUUUGCAGUUCGAUGGGCAGGGCGGAUAUUUCUUUGGAGAGCUGGACGCGGAGAGGAGGCUGCAACUUGAGGAGUAA